AAAUAAAAAAUAUCAGCAUCUUGGGUAACAAGGUCAUCAACAUUAGCUUCGUCAAAAAACGAAGAUUUCAAUUUUCUUGUAAUCUAGUUGUAGCCAAUAUGUGACCUCUAAUGGGUUUCGUGUUUUUGUUUAUUGGAAAAGUGGUUGGUGAAGUGGAGAACUUGGUUCAUUUCUAAUAAAUAACGUUUUCAUUGUUAGGAAGUUAUGAUAACGAUUUUUUCACAUAACAUUCAUUGAUAAAUCACAGAAUAUUUCAGAAAUGCCUCUGCCUACUUGAAUUCCACAUCAAAUUUUCAAGUCGACAUGUAGGCCAAAUGAAAAAUGUCUGACUCUUAUGUAGUGAACAAAGUGAUCCCAUCUGAAGGUAGCUGUUUCGGGAUUCCAAAGAACGAAAAUAAUUUUAAAGCAAAUGGUGACAUGUGUAACUUUCUACCGAAUAAUAAUGUUAAUGAAGACAUAGUGCCUUCAGAGCUUAUGUUUAAAGAUGAUAUAAAUACUGAGUGUAAUAUGCGUCAAAGUAUUGUGCAGGAGUGUGACAACAGUUCUCAAAUGGAAGUUAAAUCCGAAAUUGAUGAGGAUGAUAAUUCAUUACACGACAGUGCUAAAAGUUCCCAGACAGAAGAACAAUGUUCUGAUCCAUAUAAUAUCCAUAAUGAGGAAUCAUUGAAUGAUGGAUUGGACUAUAAACCUUUAGAGCAUAGUAAUGGUGUGAUUAGGAAAAGUAAGAAGAAAAAAAUGUCUAGUGGUCCUGGAAGGGGGCGUCCCAGGAAAGCACUUGUUACCAUGUACCACAGUCAAAUUAGCGGAGACAAGAAUACCAUCAAAAUCAGAAUCAAAAAAAGCAAUUUUUGUGCACAGAUGCCACCAAACAAGAAAAAAUCAGGAAGGCGAAAAAAACAUAAACCAGCCUCAGACACCGACACUUCGGACUAUGAGAAAAAACCUAAAAGAACUAGACCAAAUAAUAUUGAUAAUGAUGUUUCCAGUACUCAAGAAAGUGAACCAGCUGAACAGAGUUGUUGGGGAAAUCCGGAAAAAUUUCCAGAGGAAGUACUUGAGAAAAUAUUUGAUUUUGUUGUGAUUCAGGAUGGGUGUCUACCUUCAUUAGUGAGGUUGGCAAAAGUGUGUAGACUCUGGCGUGAUGUAUCUGUACGUCCACCAAUAUGGUCGAAGGCUGAUUUGAAUUAUGUUAAAGAGAAAUAUAGGACAGAUUUGAGAUUGCACUGGCUUAUCUUGAAUAGACUGGUUGACUGUCAAGAUAUUACCAUGGGUGAGUGGAAAAUUCGUGACAUUCAAGCAUUCAUUGAAGCCCUUUGUGAGCACUGUACCAAAUUGAAGAGUUUAAAUUUGAGUGGUUGGAAAGGAAUUACACCAGACCACCUCAAGUACCUUACUACAGAGUGCAAAACCUUAGAACGGUUGGAUCUAUCUUCGAUUAAUUCCACUACUCCUAUCAAUGCGCAACCUUUAGUGAACUUGAGCCAAACCAUGGCAGCUCGGUUGACGCACCUUGUGUUAGCUCACAAUAAAAUUGCUAAUUUUUCACAAAUCAUGGUAGCUAUAUCUACAAAUUGUCCAAAUUUACAAUUGCUGGACUUAUCCAAUAUCAGAACAUUUGCUCACAAUAUGUCACUCUUACAUAUUGAAAAACUACAAAUUGGGUGUCCUAAAUUGAGAGUACUACGUAUCACCAACAGCCAGAUUUGGCUGGCAGCAGCCAGUUUAACCGAGCAGGUUGCUUCUCCUGGUUUUCCAAAGCUGGAAGAAUUGUCCCUAGCUGGUCUUGAGGAUGAGCAAACUACAACAUCCAGAUUGGUAGAUGAUGACUGUAUAGAAAGGUUACUGAAGUGUAGUACAAAAUUGCGUUUACUAGAUGUGAGAGGAUGCAGUAAACUGACUGAUUCUGGGUUGGUUAGAGUUCCGGCUUGGGAUUUGGAACAUUUGUUUUUGAGCGCUUGUUAUAUAACUCGAUUACAAAAUUCCUGUUUGGAGUUGAUUAUGCAAAAAUGGGCUCACAGUUUAUUGGAAGUGGAUUUGGCUUGGAGUACCGCUACCACUCCUCUGGAUGCAGCUGUCUUUGCACUAGCUGAAAAAGGAUCAGAAUCUAAACUCAGAAUUCUCAACCUUUGCGGAUCAUCUGUCAGCCUUGAACCAGUCAAAGCAGUUCUGGCAAAAUGCCCUAACUUGCAUUCAAUAAAUUUGCAAUCGUGCAGGGCAUUGCCACGUGGUAUAAAACGGUUGUAUACUGACAAUCAGGUGGACGAACUGCGGAAGAGUUUACAAGAUAAGGCUAAGACUGAAGUGAGUGGAUCCGAAAAUGAGCAGUCUCCUGCUCAUAUGACUAUAUCUCCAGGAAAUGAGUAACUCUUGUUCAAUUUGAUUUUUCAAUUAUUGAUCUUGAGUUGAACUGGAUUAGGUUACAUUAGAUUUAUAUAUACAAAACUCAGGUGGGUUAUUUUGUUCAGUAAUUAAAUAAAAAUUUUGAAACUGUUGUUGAAAGUUGUUGUAUACUUUUCUAAUAUUUAUAAAAAGUAAUUAUCGACUCAGUGAAACAUUCAGGAAAUGUUUUGGAUUUGAUAUUAUUAUUGAGUGCCAUUCCUUUAUUUUGCAGUAAAGUAAUUAGUGUGUGUUUAUCUAAGUAUGUCAAAAGAUGACUGUUAUGAAUAAGUUAUGCCGAUACCUGAGAUACAGCAAAGAAAUGAUCAUGUC